AUGACCACGAACAUUCUAAAGAUCUGCUUAUUCACAGUUAUGUGCCUCGUAGCACUUGUCCAGGCUGGUACAACCGCUGAAGGCUUGGCCUACCUGGAGGAGAAUGCCAAGAAAGAGGGCGUUAUCACUCUGC